UAGUCAGUUCUUCUAUAUCCUUCGAAGUAAAUGGAAUAUCCCGAGGAGUAUUACUAUAAGUUUAACCGAUUUCUUCUAUCGGUUACCGGAUUAUGGCCUUAUCAAAGCAAAUGGAGCGCUUGUUUCGCAAGGACUAUUAUUACUGUUAUCAUGCUAUCAGCUAUAUUUACUCAGAUAUCGAGUGUAUUUACAUCCGAACUCAAUAUGGAUUUUGUAAUUGAAUCAUUACCAAUGUUCGUGCCUACAGUAGGUAAUCUGUGCCAGUUGUAUUCACGUAUUUUUUACGUAGACAAAAUUAAAGAAUUACUUGAGCAUAUGUGGAACGAUUGGGCUCUGGAAAAAACAGAUAUUGAGAGCAAAAUCAUGCAUCAGUAUGCUAAAACCACGAGAUUAGUUAUGAUUUAUCAUUCGCUUUUAUUAUACAUCAUUGUAACGGCAAUGGCUAUAUCCAUGUUUUUGCCGGAGAUUUUCGUUAUAUUGCCUGUGAACAAAUCUAGCCAACGACUAGAAGCCAUUCAUAUGGAAUUUUAUCUCGAUAAAGAGCGAUAUAUUUACCUUAUAAUGUCCUGCGUGUGUAUCGUGCUUUUCCUUGUACCAUUAGUUUUUCUUGCCAGUUCCUCUUUAUAUCUAGUUCUCACGCAACACGUUUGCAGCAUGUGCGAAGUACUAGGGUAUCGCGCAGAACGCUUAUUUUACAUUAUCGAGGAUAAAGUGGAGGGUGAGUUAAUUCGCAAGACGAAAAUAAGUUGCAAAAAUAUAGUCGUUCUUGUACAACUGCAUUACAACGUUAUAGAAUUCGUUAAUACGAUCGAAACUUGUCAUACAAUACCAUUUCUAAUGGACCUCGUAGGAGUAGUGAUUACAAUAAGUUUUUGGUUAAUACAGAUAUUAACUAUUUUCGAGAAUGUAAAGCGAGCUUGUGCAUCAAUUGGUUUAAUAAUUGCAUCACUAUGUUAUCUAGCUAUACCUAAUUAUAUGGGACAGAAAGUCACGGAUAUGACUUCUAGCAUAUGUGAGAAAGUAUACAAUUCUGCUUGGUACUAUGCAAGUGUUUCGGAGCAAAAAUCAUUAUUGCUAAUAAUGGGUCGACGAUUCCGUCCGCUCGUCUUGACUGCCUGCAAAUUUUAUGCGAUGUCUUUGCCAAGUUUCGAAAUGAUACUUCAAAUGGGGGUCUCCUAUUGCAUGUUUAUGAGAAAAGUAUGAGGAUAUUCGCUAACUGUAGAUGCUGAAAUAAUGUAAAGAAAAGACAAACUAUAGAUGCUAAAAUAUUGUGUAGAAUAUUGUAUUCAAUACGCACUGAUCUUAUGUGCACUGAUUAAUACAAUAUC